AUGGUGAAACACAUUUGUGCUGCUGUCCGUAUGAUCCAAAAUAUUUGUGUCGGCAGUCGUCUGGUGCCACGUCGUUGUAUUCCUUACUGCAUGGAUGAACAGCAACUUUUUGGAUCUGUCUUGGUAUUGGUGGUGCAAAAUCGUGGCAUGCUUAACGGUGCUCCCGACAAUCUGCUGCAGAAUCUUGCAAUUCCUGAACAUAUGUUUGGUGACCGUUUAGGUCAACAUAUGCAUGUUGCUGACCAUAUGGUGCAACUUAGCGGUGUUUCUGAGUGUCUGCAACAACAUUACUGCGUUCAUUACGGUGUCAGUGAACAAUAA